AUGUUUCAAACGAUUGCUGUUCUUGUUAUAUUAUCCAUUGUGAGUGCGAAUAGUUCUGUGACAAUUACGGAGUUCAAUCCCGCCAACGCUACAGUUGUUUCUGGAAUCUCGUUCCCAGUUAUUCUUACUUUUUCUGAGAAUAUCCAGAUGGGAGAAGGCUCCAUCAUCUUUAGAAACGAUUUUGGUGAUAUUGAGAAGGUUGCUUCUAACAGCACGGGGUUUGUCUUGGGUGAGAAGAACGUCACUGUGACCCCGGGUUUUGAGUUGAUUUAUGGCAGUUCCUAUUCUAUCUAUUUUGAGGAUACUCCUGUUUUGGAUAUGAGUGGAGAGCCGGUUUCACUUCUUGAAGGAGUUUAUAUGUUCACCAUUGCCAAGAAGGAUAACGGUCCUAUGCUGAUUGGAAUCGGUAUUGUAAAUCGCGUUUUCUUCGUAUUAUUUUUAAGAGAAAGGAGGCGAAGGCCAAAGCGCUGGCCGAGACUCUCCCGACGACUGCGCAGGAAGCUGGUCAAAAUUAAGUUUAGUCUUUUGCUUGUUUUCACUCUGCUUCUACUAGGAGUGGUUGCUGAACAAGAGCAGAUGUUCGAAGUGACCGUGGAUAAUAGCGAGCCGGACAUUGUUGUGGAGGAAGGUGUUACUGGUGAAAUUGAAGAUGUGGAAAUGGAUAUAGUGGACGAAAUUAUUGAUUGCGAUGUGCUUUUCGAGAACGGGACAUGUAAGGAGAACUUCAAGUGUUUUUCGGACGUUGGUGUUACCUAUUUUGAGCAAUUCCUCAGUUGUGACACUUUGGAUUGCAUUCGUAGUAAAAAGAAGCUUCUCGAAGAACGUCUCCUCAUUGGUGACCCGAACGCCCAAUUCACCUAUUACAUCUUCACAAAAUACGGGUUCUUCGGUUUCCCCAAAGAUAUCUACCUCGCCACGACGCAUCUUCAUUUCUCCGCGGAAUCGCACUCUGUCGCUGGUUCUCUCUCCCUCGCCACACGUCUUCAAACAGGAGACCGCCAGCCGGUCAAUCUGACCCGCGCUCUCGAGAUCGCCAUUCCUGCCUGGCAUUCGAUCACUUCUCCGCACUCUUCGCUCUUCGACGCGCUCUACCUCCCUUCUGAAACCGAUUGGCCGAAGGAUUUAGUGGAGGAAGAAUACGACGUUUCUGACUACGUCGACGUGCUUCGCUCCCAGCUUUCCCGCGAAAAAUUCAGACAGAUCAAACGCCGCGUCUACCUCAGCAAGAAAUCGCGGGAUUUGGGCGCGCUGCUCGAUUUGUAUCGGGACGUGGGGUUUGGGGGACAUAUUUUCAAUUAG